AUGUCUGGUGACAACAAAAGAUCUGUUGAAGAGAAAGUGUCGUCGUCGGCCCCAGAUCCUGUUGGCGCCGACGACGCGAUCGACGACACCGACGACUUGGAUGACGACCACGUUGAGAUCCAAAAGACUAUUUCGAACUCACGGAAGCGUCAUAGUCUCAAAAACGGCGACAUCAAGGUCCAAGACGUGCUACCCUUUCCCUUCCUGCCCAACAUCCGGCCCUUGACUGUUUCAGACCUGGAAAGCUGCGUUGCGCUCGAGAACGCGGCGUUUACUGAUUCGAAGCAUCGAUGCUCACGUGAAAAGUUUGAAUACCGCCUGUCGAGCUGCCCCGAGCUCUGCAUGGGCAUCUUUUGUACCGUCUCGCCCGAGGCGGCCAAGGGCUGGGAGAUCGAGACGUGCAAGACGGCGCAUCCCGUGGAGACGGGGCGAGACGACGGCUCCGUCAGCGUCAUGUUUGCCCACAUUGUCGGCACGCGCUGCCAUGGCGAGCUCGUCACGGACCAGGACAUGGACUACCCGCGCGACUUUCGCACCGUCAAGACCAGCCGGUCCAACAUUGGCCACCAGGAGGACGGCCGUACCGUGGCCAUCCACUCUCUGGCCGUCCAUCCAAAGCUACAGGGCUGCGGGCUGGGCAAGCUCAUCAUGAAGGCCUAUAUGCAGCAGGUCAACAAUUCUGGCACAGCAGACCGCAUUUCACUGAUUUCCCAGAGUUAUCUCGUCAACUAUUAUACGCGAUUUGGCUUUGUGCAUAAAGGCGAAAGCCAGGCUAGCUUUGGCGGUGGUGGAUGGCAUGACUUGACGAUCACCUUGUCCGGUCCAUCUAGUCCAUAG